AUGGCAAAAAGUUCGACCGAAGUUGUCAGGUCCUUUGUUCUGUCAUUAUGGGGGAAAACCUUUGACAAGAUAUCAUGCUUUUCAAACAUACAUACGGUCACCACUCACACAAUUUUCACCUUUUUGUUAAUUUUCUUUAACAUUUCAGAGCUUAAUCUUACAAGUGUUUGGAUAGUUGGUUCUUCAAUCGUAAAGCAUACAGCCUUUGAAGCAAGAUUAAGACCUGCGGGAACAAGCCUUGGUCUGAAAAACAUGGGGAUUGAGUUAUGGUGGCAGGGGUAUGGGGGUUUAAAAUUUGUAGAUGUGGCCAAGAAGUUGAGGUUCCUAGGUACAUUGCAAGAUUCUCCUCAAUUUAUUGUUAUGCAUUGUGGUGGCAAUGAUUUGGGCCAAAUUCCAUUGUCUAAAUUGUUGUACAGCAUCAAGUGUGACAUCAGACUUAUGGCAUCAGUUUUCCCUGACUGUCAGCUUGUCUGGUCCUUCAUUUUGCCGCGAAUAACAUGGAGGUACUCCCAGAGGCCUAGGUGUAUGGAGCAAGCUAGAAAUAGGGUCAAUAGGUUAGCUGCGAAGGAGGUUUUAGCUUGUGGAGGGAGAAUAAUCAGACACCCCCAGUUUAUUGGCAAACCCCAUAACCUCUACAGUUCAGAUGGUGUGCAUUUGUCUAACUUAGAAAACUACCUCUUUCUGAACAAUAUUCAGGGGGCAUUAGAAUAUUUUGUUGGGGACGGGAGUAGCAGACACUUUCCAGUGUCAUAA